GAAACCAUCCUUGGCUACCGCCAUACCGAACGCAUCAACACGAGAUCGUGGAGGAACCGAGUUCGAAGCCGACCUUCCGAGCACCAUAUCGGCUCAGCCCUACGGAGCUGACCGACAUGAAAAAACAGAUCGAGUAUCUCCUAACCAAAGGACUCAUCCGACCAUCCACUUCACCGUACGGUGCCCCAGUACUCUUCACACCAAAACCGGGCGGAAGCCUGCGCAUCUUCGGGGAGCUACGGUAUUUUCCAAACUGGAUCUGUGGUCUGGAUACUGGCAGAUACGAAUGGCGAACAACUCUAUCCACAAAACUGCUUUUCGAACUCGGUAUGGAUCGUACGAGUAUUUGGUAAUGCCGUUCAGACUCACCAACGCACCGGCAACGUUCCAAGCCGAACCACAUUCUACAACCACUCUUGGACGAGUGCGUGGUGGUGUACCUGGACGACAUCCUCAUCUACUUGGGCGACAUGAAGCAGCACGUCGAACACCCGCGACGCAUCUUCGAAAUUCUUCGACGAGAGCGAUUCUACGUCAAACUGUCCAAGAGCGAAUUCGCCCUGGAGAAGGUCCAAUUCCUAGGACACAUGGUGAGCACUCAAGGAGUUCACGUCGACCCCAAGAAAAUCGAAGCCUUGCGUACGUGGAAGACACCCGAGAACGUGAAGGAGUUGUAGUUGUUCCUAGGCUUCGCUAAUUAAUACAACAGGUUCGUGCCA